AUGAUUGUGGUAGUACAUCUAACUGUAUGCCAGGAGAGGGAUACUGUGUAUGGCUACUACGAUCAGAAUUACGGAUACUCUCAGAGUCCUCCACCACCACAACAACAAGCCUAUGUCCAAGCGGCUGAUGUACAAAUAAUUGAGUUUGGUCCGGAUACUUCGAAGAACGUUCGUAACAACUUCAUAAGGAAGGUGUAUGGUAUCCUCUGUGCCCAACUUGUAAUAACAUCAUUGAUAGCCUUCCCAUUCGUAUACGGCAAAGAUGAUUGGGCGAUGGACUUUGUGAAUGACUACGUGUGGGUGUUAUGGCUCAGUAUGGCGGUUAUGUUUGCAACCCUUAUCGUAUUGGUAUGUGUACCUGCUGCCAGCCAGAAGGUACCUAUCAAUUACAUACUACUCUUCAUAUUCACCGCCUCUAUGGGUCUUAUGAUCGGCUUUAUCGGUGUAUAUUAUGAUACUGAGGCGGUACUCAUCGCUGCUGGCUCCACUGCAGCUGCUGUAUUUGUACUCACAUUAUUCGCUUUCUUCGUCAAAACUGAUUUCACUGGUUAUGGUCCAUUUGCAUUGGUCCUAUUGAUGGUAUUGGUAUUUAUGGGUCUAGUUAUGAUAUUCCUCCCAACUAAUAGAUAUUUGCAGAUUGUCUAUGGCUCUAUAGGGGCAUUAGUCUUCUCAAUAUACCUUGUUAUUGAUACACAGAUGAUUGUUGGUGGUAAGAAUCGUAGAACCCAACUUGGGGUAGACCAAUACAUAACCGGCGCCUUGAUGCUCUAUAUGGAUAUAAUCAAUUUAUUCCUUUUUGUUUUAACUAUUGUUGGAGCUGCUCGAUAA